AUGCCCAUCACGCGCCCCGAGGAGACGGGCCCGCCGGAGAACUUCUACGACGUGAAGGAGGCGCGCAAGUACACGUCGAGCAGCCGCAUCAUCUCCGUGCAGGCCGACAUCGCCGACCGCUGCAUCGAGCUGCUGAACCUCGAGCCGGGCAAGAAGAAGUUCGUCCUCGACGUCGGCUGCGGGAGCGGCCUCUCCGGCGCGGCGCUGGAGCGCGCGGGCCACGAGUGGGUCGGCUGCGACGUGUCGCGCGACAUGCUGCGCAUCGCCUCGGAGCGCGAGGCGGCCGCGGCCGGCGGCGGCGACGACGACGACGACCUCGUCCAGCACGACAUGGGUUUAGGCCUGCCGUUCCGCGACGGCACCUUCGACGGCGCCAUCUCCGUGUCGGCGCUCCAGUGGCUCUGCUACGACAACGACAGCCGCCAGUCCGCGACGAAGCGCCUCGGCCGCUUCUUCGCGUCGCUCUACCGGUGCCUCAAGAGCGGGAGCCGCGCGGCGCUCCAGUUCUACCCCGAGUCCGACGCGCAGGCGACGCUCAUCGCGUCGGCCGCCGCCCGCGCGGGCUUCGCCGGCGGCGUCGUCGUCGACUACCCGAACUCGACGAAGGCGAGGAAGCACUACCUGUGCCUGUCGAUGGACCGCCACGCGGCCAGGCCCGCCGCCGAGGAGCCGCGGCGCGCGCGCGGCGGCGUCGUCGUCGCCGGCGGCGGCGAGCGCGCGCCGAAGCGCCGCAAGACGGGCAAGAAGCCGGCCAAGGACCGCGCCUGGGUCCUGCGCAAGAAGGAGUACCAGCGCGGCCAGGGCCGCGACGUCAAGGACGACUCCAGGUACACGGGCCGCAAGCGCAAGGACCGCUUCUAA